UGGUUUUGUGGUGAGGAAAAAGAAUCAAAAGAAAGAAAUGGCAAUCUCAUCCUCAUCAGAGAUAGGUUGGAGUUGGAGGGUUUUGUGUCAGAGAGUUAACCCAGCAAUACCAAACACGCCCUUGUUCCUCCAAAUCCCAAAGUCAACUCGCUUCACUGGGUCUUCUUCUGUUGUUGCUCGCGCUUGGGACCCUAAAACGGCCUCUUCGCAAGAGGAGGAUCUAGUGUACGUGGGAAAACUAGUGGCGGGUUCUUUUGCGGGUGGGGCUGCAAUCAAGUACGGCAGUGCUCUAUUCCCUGAGAUAACGACUCCGAACCUUGUGCUGGCUCUGCUCCUCAUUCUAACUCCUGUGCUUGUUGCUGUUUUUCUUUUGAUCAAGGAAAGUCGUACAAACCCAUAAUAUCAACCUUUUUUUUAUUUACAAUCCAAAUCAUCAAAUUCGUUCUACUAUGUCUCCAUUAUUUCUCAGAAUCGGACAUCUUUUCAAACAAAUCAAGUUUUAGCUCGUUAAUUUCCUAGCUCGGGUUAUUAGUGAUAUCAAAUUGCAGUUAA